UCGGUCUGCACAGCUAACGCCUACAGUCAGUGUUAGAAACCCGUAAGAAACGUGGAGCUGUUCGCCAAAACAGCGACACAAGAUGUUAAGGACACCUCGGAGAACAAAGUAGCUUCACCUGGGAAAGCUGACAGUUUAAAAACUCCUGCGAAGCAACUGAGGAGGAGGAUGGGAGUAAUUGAUGGACUCUACAACAUGAGGUUCAACAUUUCGUCCUUGAGGUAGUAAAGGAAAAUAACAGCACCUGGCUAAAUCUGCAUCAACAAGGUUUAUUGACCCAUCACUGGCCUCAUAUCAGUCUAUUCAGUGUGACUGUUAGAGCGGGAACCACUUUGCCUUAAGAUACAAUUAAACCUCACGUGCCUGCCUGUCUGAGCCUCAUGUGAAGGAUUACAUUCCGGCAUUGCUACCAGAGUCUAACUAGUUUUGCACUGCCGUCACUGCAUCUCUGGUGGCAGUUAUGAGUGCUGUUGGUCUGGAUUCACCAAGAACUUGUAGUCCAUCUACAGUGGCCAGCAGAAAAUGUGCAACUCCAUUUAGCUGGAGCUGACAUUUUGACAAUACUCUCCUCCUGAAGAGCUUCUCACUGACUGUUAAUUCCUAAAAUCUCCAAUUGAGACCCUCACCUAGAAACAGCCCCACACAUAUAGCCACAUCUUUAUUGUGGUGGGGCUAUGCCCACCAACCAGUCCUCCCCCUGGGGUGGGGGUAAGUCACAGGCCUGCUCUAAUGCACAGAGUUCCACCACUACAGCCUCUGUUAAUACACAUGCCAAGGCACUUGUGGCCACUAAGAUGCCUUUUGGUCAGACUUCGCUACAGCUUUCUAGGCAGAAGGACCAAGCCAAACCUCCUCUUUCAAAUUUUGCCUCUUCCACCUUGAGGCAGACAACAGUUGCCCCCUCUGAGGCCUCUGUUAGGGAGGACGGGGGCAAAUAUAAAAGCAACCCCCAGAGCCAAGUCACCGCUGUGCCAGAUAGGUCUCCAGCCCUGCCACAACUUACAAAUGGGAUUCAGAUCCUAAACCAGGCACCGCCAACAGGACUGAAGCAGGCCGGCUAUAGCUUCAUGGAGAUCAAUGCCUCUUCCUCCAUCACCAAGAAAGAAUGCCAUGUUGGGUUAAAUGGUCCACCAACAAGUGCCAUGCAAGUUGACACAUCACGACAACCAGAAAAGGUUUUACCAAUGAGCAGGCGCCCGGCUGCUCCAAAUGAUGUACCACUUGGAUUGGAUCCACUUUUGUCAGUUUGCAAUCAAGACCUGUUCAUCAAAGGACAAUCUACUCUGCAGGAAACUGACAAGUCGAUGUUUGAGGCUACAGACUGUUCCUCUUUGCCAUCAGUGCCUCCUCCAUGCCUUACUCUCAGCGAACAACGUGGGGCAACAUUGAGAAGAGAUGCCCCCAGCCCUGUUAGCACUAAAUUACAAAAAAGAAGCACCACAAGAGAAACGACUACUUCAAGGAGGUGCCAUUCAGCGAAACUAGCAAAAAAAUCCAGUCGGUUUCUAAACGGCCGCACAAUACUAACAGACUCGCGCAGUCACCUGCAAGUAAGAGGUCGUCCUCCAGCAGUUUUGGCAGCAACUGUAAACAGCAAACCCCAGAUACUCGCAUCCUUAGACACAAGUAAGCAAAGUCAAGAUGAGCCAGAAAGCACCUCGUCCAUACGUGGAGGAGUCGCUCCUCCUCCUCCAGAGGUCAAACCUUUUCCAAACAGCCCCAUGCCAAUUGUGCUCAGUGCCAGGAUCAAUGCCUCUCAGGAGCAGCAGCCAGUUGUCAUCCCAGGAACCUUGGUGGGUUCUGUGACCACCCAGAUCUCCGCUAUCCAACUCACCAAACAGGGGCAGCCAGCAUCCAUGUCGCCUUCCUCUUCGUCCUUGUCUUCCUCCUCCCCCUUGCCAACAGAGGGGGGUCCAGGGACGUCGGGACAGGAGUCUGUUAUGCAGGUGGAUGGAGUUGAGGAGGAGCUUCCCGAUGAGUGUAGCGAGGAAGAUUCAGACACGUCUUCCGUCAAUGACACUUCAUCUACCGCCUCCAUUGGCCUCCUCUCUGGUAUCGAGGAGCCGAUGUCAUUGGGGGCAGAAGAUGCUCGAGAGGAGCUACCGGCGCUGGUUCCCAGUUUGUUCCCCCACGUCUCUCCAACACUCUACUUCUGCACAGCAAAUGAAAGAGUUGAAAUGCUGCCCGUGGAGCAAAGACGACUGUUAAAAUGGAAGAUGAGCACAGUCACUCCGAAUGUGGUCAAGCACACCAUCGCCAGGUCGCACUUCAGAAUCACCAAGAAAAGUAAUGACUGGCUGGGUUGCUGGGGACACCACAUGAGGUCCGCGGGCUUCAAGACACUUGCAGAGCACCAGAAGUUGAACCACUUCCCAGGGACGUUUCAAAUUGGCAGGAAGGACCGUCUGUGGAGAAAUCUGUCCAAGAUGCAGGGGCGCUUUGGGAAACCGGAGUUCAGCUUCUUCCCCCGCACCUUCAUCCUUCCUCAGGACAUCAAGCAGCUCCGCAAAGCCUGGGAGAACGGCAGCUCCCGGCAGAAGUGGAUCAUCAAACCCCCUGCUUCAGCCAGAGGAACGGGGAUCCAGGUCAUCCAUAAAUGGAGCCAGAUGCCCCGCAAAAGACCUUUACUGGUCCAGAGGUACCUCCACAAGCCCUACCUCAUUGGCGGCAACAAGUUUGACCUGAGGAUCUACGUCUAUGUGACGUGCUACGACCCGCUGAGGAUUUACAUCUUCACUGACGGGCUUGUUCGAUUCGCCAGCUGCAAGUAUUCGUCUUCCAUGAAGACUCUGAGCAACAAGUUCAUCCACCUGACCAACUACAGCGUCAACAAGCAGAACUCUGAAUACCAGAGUAACAGUGAUGACAAGGCCUGCCAGGGACACAAAUGGGCUUUGAAGGCCUUGUGGCAGUAUCUUGGUUCCCAAGGAAUCGACACCACUCCAAUAUGGGAGAAGAUUAAGGACAUUGUCAUCAAAACUGUCAUUGCGUCUGAACCGUACGUUACCAGCUCGCUGAAGACGAAUGUCCGGUCGCCGUACAGCUGCCACGAGCUCCUCGGUUUCGACAUCAUGCUGGACAAGGACCUCAAACCCUGGAUCCUGGAAGUGAACAUAUCACCAAGCCUCCAUUCCAACUCAGAGCUGGACAUUUCCAUCAAAGGUCAGAUGAUCAAAGAUCUCCUGAACCUGGCUGGUUUUCGCAUUCCACAACGAGAAGACGUGGUUGCUACCUGCAGCAGCAGCGCCUCUAGCUCCACCAGCAGUCUGUGUGGAGGGAGCAAGGAGAGAACCAGCAAACCAGAACUGUCCCCCGACGAGAAGGUUAAACGGGCUUUUUACGUCACGCAGCGUUGCGCUGACCAGGGCUUCCUCUCCACAGUGAUGGACAUUCUGACUCCAGAGGACGUCCGUAUACUCGCAGAAAGCGAAGAUGAGAUGAACCGCCUGGGAGACUUUGAGCGAGUUUUCCCAUCGCCAACGUCGUCCCGCUACCUCCGCUUCUUCGAGUGUCCAAGAUACCUCAACAUCCUGAUGGAUCAGUGGGAACAGAAACACUGGAGCAACAGAGCAAAAGGUGUGAGUCAGCUGCAGGCUCUCUGUGAGAAAGGCGUCCAUUUGGGAACCAGCGAUCCUGCUCAUAUCUGGUCCAAGUGUAGCUACAUUUCCAAGUUUGAACCCCAGAAGCAAAACCCUGAUAGUCAGUCCAGCGUGGUGGUGGUGAGUCAAAGUCAGUGCUCCCUUGACGACACCGAUGGGGAAGUUGCUUCCGUCUCUAGCCUGCCUGUCUCGCCAAGUCCUGGGUCCAGUGUUGCCAGCAGUGCCUGCACAAGUCCUCAGCCCAGCUGCAGCCACAGUGUGCCGCCCUAACACUUUGGUCCGCUCUGACGAUCCCGGGUUUGCCAUCGUGAUGCUCAGGGUCUUCUAUAGCUCUAUCCCGUGUGUUCUUAUAAGUCACGUCUUAUAGUCCACGAGACUCGCUUCUGGAUGAGAACUUUAAUGAGAGCAAACAGUGAGUUUGAAGUUCAAAUUUAACUUUGGUCUUAACAGAAUUAAAGUGAAGCGCUGCAGAAAAGACCUUGUGAUUUUUGUGCAGUGUGGAGGAACUUCUUCAUGAUGGAACCUUUUUUUUAGUGCUCAAAUCAAAUCGGUGUGUUGUGGGUUUUCCUCUUUAAGUACCAGUGGUGCGUUCUCACCCAACCAGGAGGUGAACAGACACCGCGACUUGAGUUAACACAGCUGAUCCUGCAGCCAAACAUGUUGUGAGUAAGACGGUGUUUGGUGUAAAUGCACCACAAGACUAGAGCGGUCAUUAAAACAGUGAUAAAUCUUUUUUUUUUUAACCCAUUUAAUUGAAACUCUGUACAUGCCAAUUAUUCUCCAGCCUCAGUCAAUGGCUGAAUGUGUUCUAAGCGUUUGUGAAGUUGGAAGUGAGCACUGACCUUUGUCAGGCCGCAACCAACAUCGAUUUUAUUAUCUUCUCAUUAUUUCCUUAGUUAAUGAAUGCAUUGUUUGGUCCAGAAAAUGUAAAAAAAUAGCCUCAAAUGUCAUAUGUUUGUCCGAUGUACUGUAGAAUCAUACGCACAAAUGUCGUUUUGCGACCUGAGCUUGAGAAAUUUAGUGUUCUGCUUAGCGGGUGUUGUGAGAGGACGAGUUCUAUGCAGUGGCUUCAGAUAAGUCUUAAAACCCAUAAGACGUAUUGCUGAAAUUACAAGGUACUGCUUUUUAAAGUGCCAUUUUUAUUCUGUGAGGUAUUUCCUCUGUCAUAUCGGCACAUGUUAAUCCUCACUGUGAAAAAGAUAUGCAGGGCUUUGUCACAAGUUUAACAAAGCAGUGUUGGCAGGUUGUAGAAUUGUCUGUGUGUGUAUAUAUAUAUGUACACACAGCCACUUUUACCUUGCAGUGGAAUACAGUGGUCCGGAGUUAAGGUGACAACUUAAAAUGUUUACUUUAUGAAGUCGUUAAAAGCAACUGACCACACAAGUUUCACAUUCUUGUCUUUAUAGACUUGAGUGUCUGUGUUUUUGUUUGAAAAUGGAGUCCAGGACGGAAAAAAAGAGGGCGCUUUUGAGACGCGUGAAGAGAGGGAUGCGCUGAGCUCGCCAGUUGCUCUGUGGUGAGUCAAAAAUGUCUGCAGCAUCUUCACUCAACACUUUCACUGAGUGUCACAAAAACAGGGAUUUUCUUUUCUGGUGAUAACUUGUACACGAUAGUUUGCUUAAAGUUGCCAAAAUGUGACUCCAGCAGCAGAAGUUAAUCUGCCAGACCCCAAAUGUGUAUUUUCAGUAUGAAAAUAUCCUGACCCAAUUUCCAGACAUUUUGCUCUUUCGUACGUGUUAAAAAAAAGUAAACAACUUCCAGAACAUUCAGAUGAGGAGUGACAGGAGAGAACACUUCUAGUCUACUUCUUGAAGCAAAAGUGUUACUUCUGUCAUUAGAGCUCUGGACAUCAUGUCACUGUUCUGUUUGCACCGCCAUGUUGGCAGGAAAAGCUUCUGCAAAAAUGAGCAACACCAAUGCUGGUUUAAAGCCGUCAAAGAUCAAUGCAAACUUUUAAAUCUAAAGAUGACUUUCUAGACCUUCAGUAACUUUACAUGUCCCAUCCACAUCACAGCAUAAGUGUGUAAAAUAAGCUAAGUUGAUUAACGUUGGAUCCUGUACCUGAUAUGAAACACUUACUACAUAAGUGGAAUCUGUUGCCUGUGCGUUUAAUGUAGCGACUAAUUUACUGCCAUAUCUGUAACACGUAAUGUCAUUUGAAUUGGUAAACCAAUCAUUUCAAUGUCAUUAAUUAAAACAGAUACACAUGAAUCUUAACUGGAAGGUUUGGGUGACCUGAAAAAAAAUCUAUGGGACCUGACCCAGUCUUUGGGGAACCACUCUCGCCCGUUUCCUUAUCCUUGACUGCUUUAGCGUCCCCGAAGCACAAUGUCCAUCCACCACCUUCCCUUUGUUCAUGCCCUGGUUUAUACAUCUUUAGAUUUGAACAGUGAGUGCGACUUCCUGCCAAAAUGGUGCUGUUUUGGUUUGCGCGGCGUCAGCUAAUGUAGCUCUGUACUUAGAGUUUGGUGUCGGUGCUUGUUACCAAGCAAACAAUGUAAGAAAAAAACCUGUCAUUCCUGCUGUUGGAAGUCACGAAUCGUGAAGGCUAACUAGUUUACAGACAAAAACAUAUGACUUAACUGCUGUGCAGUGUCGGUAAUGCAGUCGUUUAACUUGUGUUGUCCAAUCAGCUGCUGUAAAUGACGACUCUGAGGGCUAAUUUAAUCAACGACCACAUAGACUCUCAGCUCUGUUGGUGAAAAUCAUUCAUACUUACUUAGAUGUUUGUUUGUUUUUUAAAUUAACAUCAUAUUUCUAACAGGUGUAGAUUCAGAUUCCACCUUAAUCAAUUCAGUGGCCACAUCUUUGGCCUACUUUUGUAUUAUAAAGGUUAAAUAUUAACUCAUUGCAUUUGGAGGUGUUGUUAAACAUAAUCACAAAUGUUACAUGUGCAGUAAAGUGUAGAUGGUGAUAUUUUUACUAACUUGACAAGUUGUAAUGUUUCUUAAUAUAUAUAAUAGAAAAGGGGGGUGCUGUGUGAGUUGCUCAGGAUGAUUAUUUCAAAAUAAAAGCUAUUGGAGGUGCAAAUGUG